CUACUUAUCCAUCCAUCAAAGGACGGUCCCCCCAGAAAGAUAAUAAGUACAUACACACAUACCUAUGUAUGUAGGGCCAGUUUUAAACAAAAAAAAGCGAGGCGUAGAACCGGAGCAGUGUUUGCUCAGCUUGAACAACGCCAAAAGGGUAUGGAAACAACCACAUUUCGCUCCUGA